AUGCCUCGCAAAGCCGCACCGAACCCUGACGCGCCAGAAGUCGUCCCGCGUCGUUCGUCACGCAUCAAGGAGCAGCCUAAGGUUUCGCCUCCCCCGCCUGCCCCCAAGAAAGCUCCUGCCAAACCUCGAGCCAAGAAAGUCAAGGAUGCCGUCACCGGUGAGAUCGACGAACUUGCCGGGGAUGUCGAGGAAAAAGUGACGGCGAAGAAGCCUGCUGCGAGUCGAGGGAAGAAACGGACUGCCGCUGAGGCCGAGGGCGACGCCGCCGCCGCCCCAGAGGAAAAGACUGCUGCCACUACGAAUGGCACCGCUGAGAAAGAUGCUGAGCCCGCAGCCAAGAAGGCUAAACCAGCAUCCAAGGCAUCCAAGCCAGCAUCCAAGGCUGCUACUGCUAAACCUGCAUCCAAAGCCGCUGCUGCGAAGCCACCAUCCAAGGCAGCGAAGCCUGCGUCUAAGGCUGCCGGUACCAAACCCGCGUCUAAAGCCUCCACUAAACCAGCCUCGAAGGCGGCCAAGCCUUCGUCGCGUGCGGGUUCGCGCAAGCCUGCUUCCAAGGCUGAGGCGGAUAAGGCAGACACUUCUAUCACUGUGCAAGAGACGAUCAAUGAGGAACCAGAGGAGGCUGAAACUGCUAUUGUCGCGGCUGCGUGA